AUGGCACUGCCAAGAGAGUUGAGGUACGCCACGAUAGCCGCUGGAGUUGCGUUGUUUGGAGUCAUCUUUGGAUGGGUCAUGUUCCCAGCUAUAUUGAAGAGUCAGUUGAAGAAGGAGAUGGCUCUAUCUAAGAAGACUGAUGUCCGCAAGAUGUGGGAAAAAAUCCCAUUCCCUCUAGAUUUCAAGGUUUACUUCUUCAACUAUACGAAUCCAGAAGAUAUACAAAAGGGAGCAAUCCCCAUCGUUAAAGAAAUUGGACCUUUUUACUUUGAGGAGUGGAAAGAGAAGAUGGAAAUUGAAGACCACGAAGAAGAUGAUACAAUAACGUACAAGAAACGGGACGUAUUCUACUUCAAACCUGAACUCUCUGGACCAGGAUUGACCGGAGAGGAGACGGUUGUCAUACCUCAUAUUUUUAUAGUGGGCCUCAUACUUUCUGUGUCUCGUGAAAAGCCUGCCAUGUUGAGUGUCAUCGGUAAAGCAAUCACUGGAAUCUUCGAUAAUCCUUCCGAUGUAUUUCUUAGAGUGAAAGUCAUGGAUUUAUUAUUUCGUGGCUUUAUAAUCAAUUGUGCUAGAACUGAAUUUGCACCAAAAGCUGUCUGUAAUCACUUAAAGAAAGAACCUCUUAGCGGAAUGGUGUGGGAGGAUAACAAUCAGUUAAGGUUUUCACUGUUUGGAACAAGAAACAAUUCCAUAGAUCCUCAUGUAAUUACUGUGAAACGAGGCAAAAAUAAUGUCAUGGAGGUUGGUAGUGUAAUCGCUAUCGAUGGAGAAACAGAACAAAAGAUAUGGAGAGAUUCUUGCAAUGAGUACCAAGGAACAGAUGGUACGGUAUUCCCUCCAUUUUUGACGGAAAAGGAUAGACUACAGUCGUUCUCUGGUGAACUGUGCAGGUCUUUCAAGCCCUCUUACCAAAAGAAGACUUCGUAUCAAGGGAUCAGAACCAACCGCUACGUCGCAAAUAUUGGCGACUUUGCCAAUGACCCCGAGCUACAGUGCUUUUGCAAUGCUCCCGACAAAUGCCCUCCAAAGGGCCUUAUGGAUUUGUCAAAGUGCAUUGGUGCCCCUAUGCAUGCAUCUCUGCCCCACUUCUUAGACAGUGACCCUGAACUGCUGCAGCAUGUGAAAGGGUUGAAUCCGGACAUUGAUCAGCAUGGAAUUGAAAUUGAUUUUGAACCGAUAUCAGGCACACCAUUAGUAGCUAAGCAAAGAAUUCAAUUCAAUAUGGAACUGGUACAAAGUGAUAAAGUUCCAUUAUUUAAAGGACUUCCAGGAUCCAUUGCGCCAAUAUUUUGGAUUGAGGAGGGAUUGGCUCUAAAUAAAACCUUCGUGAACAUGCUGAAACAUCAACUAUUUAUACCAAAACGAAUUGUAGCCGUCGUACGCUGGUGGCUGGUCUCCUUUGGAAGCUUGGGUGUCCUUAUUAGUAUAAUCUUUCACUUUAGAGAAGACAUAAUGCGUAUAGCUACAUCUGGGGAUAACAAAGUUUCGACGGUGACCCCCGAAGAGGACGAACAGCAACAGAAGGACAUCAGCGUCAUUGGCCAAACCCAGGAACCGACAAAGAUCAGCAUGUAA